GAGAGGACUGGGCUGCAGCCCUGCGAUCCCCACAUCAGUCUCUGCCCGCCUUCCACCGUCCCCUCGUUCACCUCCUGCUCCAGAUGCUGCAGUUCACACGUCUGACUCCCUGGGCAGACUGUCCAGGCUGGCUUUGUUCCUCUGGCUUUGUUCCUAAAGUGCUGUUGGUGGAUGCCUCACCAGCUCUCAGGAAACAUGUUCAGCAUGCAAACACCGGUGUCGCACUCGGCUUUACCUGCCCCUCUGUUUUCAGAGAGACAAAAGAGAAUAUGGGUCUUUGAGACUGGCAGGUCUUGAUUUCAGCCUGUCAUUUUCGUGUAAAUUACUGGGUUGGAACACGAGUUCAGAUCAAGAUCAGAUGUGCAUUUCAAGGCCAGUAGCUGUUCUGGAGUGAUCUCAUGAUCAUCUCUGUAGAUAGGGUUGAGCUGUCUAACAAAGUGCUGGUUGGUUUCUGUGGCAGAAGCAGGGCAACUUGUGGCAGGAUGUGUGAGGGGCCAUCCAGGAUUUCUGGCCCCAUUCCUCCAGACCCUACGCUUUUCCCAGAGUAUUACAAACGCCCCUUCUCAGCUCAAGGGAGGCUGGAAGGAAAUGCUCAGAAGCUGCAUUUGACCUCUGGCCCCCUGGACCCAGUUCCCAACCCAUACUCUGCUUUGGGCAGUGCCCGCCAGGCCCAGCCAAGCCCUCGCAUUCGCCCCAGUGGGAAGGACUUCCUGGAGAAGGGGCGGAAGGGGACACUCGGCCUCUUGCUGCAGCUCGAGGGGAUCUCCCUUGGCGGGGGAUUGCCGGUCAAGAAGAAAGAGCCCAAGGACUACGAGAAGGAAAAUGUGAGGCGGAUAAAGGAGAUUCAGAAGAGGUGCAAAGAGAAGGAGCGAGCCCAAGAGCACAGCCAGCCCAAGCCUGUGAAAGCUCUGUGGAAAUCCCAGAAAUAUGAAAACGUGGAGUCAAAGGUGAAGGCCAAACUGCAGGAGACCUCCCCACCUCCAAAUCCUGAGGCUGUGAAAUUCCUGAGAGCAUAUUCUCGCUGUGGCUCUGGGAUCAAGCCCUGCAGACUGCUCUCCCCAAGGCCUGUCAGAGCCAAAAGAGCAGACACAGAGACUCCAGAGGCACAGGGUGCUGAAACCAAGAUCCAGGUGGAGGGCAGGAGCAUCGACUUCAUCAAGCACAACGCCUGCAAUGCCAAGCGGGCCCCGCUGCGCCGCUCCCAGUCCCUGCAGGCACUGGCCGAGCUGCUGGAACAGAAGCACCGGGAGCAGGAGGAAUACAACACCAAGCAGAAGGGCCAUGUCCCCCAGUACCUGCUGGAGAGGAAGGAGCUGUGGCGCAAACAGAUGGAGGAGCGGCUGCGGAACCUGCCAGAUCCCGACACGCCGCCUGGUCACACCAUGAUGCCAGAGGACCAGCGGCUGGAGACCCUCGGCAACCUGAAGCAGAGCCAGGAGCAGCUGAUAAAGGACUUGGUUCUGCUGCCAAUGCGUGGAGACUCCCUCAAGAUGCAGAACAGGCGGGUAGAGCUGGAGAGGAAGCUCUCCCAGAUAGAAGAGGCAAUCAAAAUUUUCUCGAGGCCCAAGGUCUUCAUCAAGCUGGACUCCUGAGCCAGUGGGGCCACUGUGCUGUGCUGCUCUGCAUGAACAUCCUUCCUUGCUGUGCAGGAAAGGACAUCACUUUAGGAGGGAAGGAGAGGAAGGCAUGUUCCAGACCCUGGGCCCAGGCAGGUGCUGGUACAGUGUCCUUUGCUCACCCUCCAGUGCUGUGUCUUGUCCACAGAAAAGGGAGGGAGAUGACCUAAUAUACUCCUUGCUCAGUGGUCUGGAGAACAGUUGUCUCUGUGCUGCUUGACUUCUCACAGAUCAGCUCUCUUCUCUGGAUCCAUGCCAUCACCUUGUAUUUUCCCAUUUUUUCCAGCUUCUAGAUACUGGUAGGAGCUCUCCCGUGCUGCUGCCUGUGGUGUUCCUUGUCACAGUUUUUCUCCUGAGCCUGGACCGUGGUCAUGGCUCAUCCUGAGCACCUGCGGGCUCAGCAGGUUGGGGACAGCUUGGGACAAGGAAGAGGCACAGAGCUUCAGUGCUUUCUGGCUGGGGAAGGGCUGAGCUGGCAGGGCAAUCUAGUGGGAUGUCUGGAGAAGCCUUUGUUGUCUUGGGGCAGGAGAUAUUCUAAUAAAUCAUAAUUUCCAUCUCUCA